AUGAGACUAACAUGUUAUGAAUGUCUUGCAAUGGGUAAUGCAGUUGGAAUGAUUGAAGUUGUAUUACGGUCUGAAACGAUUGCUGCUAUUCAAAAGAAAAUGUAUGGAGGAAAUGUUUCAGCUGCUUUUCAAGAAGAUCCAUUAUAUAAGUGGUUAAAAGAUAAAAAUGCAAGUGAUGAUGAAUUUUUAAAUGCACAACAAAAUUUUAUUUAUUCAUGUGCAGGAUAUUGUGUUGCUACUUAUGUUCUUGGUGUAGGAGAUAGACAUAAUGAUAAUAUUCUUCUUACACCAACAGGACAUCUUGUUCAUAUUGAUUUUGGUCAUAUUUUAGGAAAUGUUGAAAAGUUUAAAGGAUUUAAACGAGAAACAGCUCCAUUUGUUCUUACUAAAGAAUUUGUAUAUGUUAUGGGAGGAAAGAAUUCUGAGGGAUUUAAAUUAUUUGUGAAUUUAUGUUGUGAUACAUUCUUAAUUUUACGAAAGAAUUAUCAUGGAUUAGUUAACUUAUUUACUAUGAUGCUUUCAACUGGAUUACCAGAAUUAAGAAGAACAGAAGAUAUGAUUUAUUUAUUGAAUAGCCUUGUACUUGAUAUGAAUGAAGUUGAUGCACGUGCAUAUUUUGAAAAGUUAAUUAAUGUUGCACUUGAAGCUGUCAUGACACGAGUAAACAAUGCUAUUCAUAUCUUUGCACAUCCUGACGUCAAAGAAGAUGUUUAA